ACCUGCACUCUCGCCAUAUUUUCAAUCGUGUGAAACCCGCAGCCCGGUUUGCUCCCAACUUGGGUGAGAGAAGACGCUUUCACACAAGACAGCAUUAAGUGUGAAACGAUCUGGUCCAAAGGAUAAAGGCACAUCUGCGUUAGCUUCCUAGCUAGUGUCUGCUAACUCACUCUGCAGCCAUGAACAUCUUCAGACUGACAGGGGACCUCUCUCAUCUGGCUGCUAUCAUCAUCCUGCUACUCAAAAUAUGGAAAAGCAGGUCGUGUGCAGGUAUCUCUGGAAAGAGCCAAAUCCUGUUUGCUAUAGUGUUUACCACACGCUACUUGGAUCUGCUCACCUCCUUCAUCUCCCUCUAUAACACAUGCAUGAAGGUGAUCUACAUCGGUUGUGCGUAUGCCACAGUCUACCUGAUCUACGUUAAGUUCAGGGCCACCUAUGAUGGCAACCAUGACAGUUUCAGAGUGGAGUUCCUGGUCGUUCCCGUUGGGGGUCUGGCUGUUCUCAUCAACCAUGACUUCUCUCUGGUGGAGAUCCUGUGGACGUUCUCAAUCUACCUGGAGUCGGUGGCGAUCCUGCCUCAGCUCUUCAUGAUCAGCAAGACUGGCGAGGCGGAGACGAUCACCACCCACUACCUGUUCUGCCUGGGCCUGUAUCGGGCCCUCUAUCUCUUCAACUGGAUCUGGCGUUUCUACUUUGAAGGCUUCUUUGACAUGAUCGCCAUUGUGGCCGGUUUGGUCCAGACCGUCCUCUACUGUGACUUCUUCUACCUUUAUGUCACCAAAGUGUUGAAAGGCAAGAAGCUGAGCCUGCCGGCGUAAAACGCACAGAAGGAGACGACGACUCACAGCAGACUCAGGGGUGCGUGGAGAUGACAUCAUGUAAUCUCGUGACCUGCAGCAAAAGAUGCCUGAGACAGAGAGCCAACUAUCGGGGAAAAACACUAGUCUUCUUGAUGAUUGCUGAUGGAACUGGUAAAUGCCAACAAACACCAGAGCUGAACAAAAAUCAUACCAGGUCAACCUUUGGAUUUCUGUGUUCAGCAUCUUGCCUUAAACUUCUUUUCAUUGCUGUUCAAAUAGGAGAAAAGGCUUUUUUUUUCUACAUGUGAGGUGUAUACGCUUGUUUUUUUAUUUUUUUACAAUGUCACAAAUAGGGUCGACUCUGAGAAGAACCUUGUUUGGCUUGGUAAUGAAAUGCACAAUUGUACAGUCUUAUUAAAGAGUGAGAUAAAGAGGUUAUGUAUCUGAGUGCCUGAUGAGGAUUAUGUCCACUUUCUCACAAUUUUUUUUUUACUUUUGGAUUUCUUUUUUGUCUGCAUAUACUGAAUACAUGUACUUACGUAAGGAAAUAUUUAAAGAUGCCAACAGCGAGCUUGAUGCCAACACGCGCAUUUUGUAAAAACAUUGCUUUAAAAAAUUGCUCAAAACAACAUUUUAACUCUCGUCUAUAAAUCAGAACUUUUUUUGUAAGCAGAGCUCACAAGAGGAUUUGUAGUACCAUCUUAAGGUUAAAAAGUAAAUUAAUGCCAGCAAUCUCUUGGACAUAGAUGUCAGUAUUUUCAAAUGGUGGCUAUCUCAUUUGGAAUUAAACCUUUUAAUGUGUUUAUUGAUUUUUUUUUCAUUAGCUUAUUGUGUUAAAGAAAAUAAAAUGCAUCAAUUGUUCUACAGCUUUAAUAAUAUAGAUGUCACACAAUCUCUCAGCAGUGAUACAUCACAUUUUGGAUAUAGAUAGAGCACAAAUGUUAUUUCUGAGCGUAUUGCACCCCAGUAACAAACUCAUGAACACCUUCCAGCAGUGAUUUGUUGGUUAUCUCAAGGUUGGAAUCAGUAAAGUUGAGCAAUAAGAAACGGCUGAAUAAUAAUAUUUGGCAGGAGAAUCCUCCAGCACUCUGACUGGUUCUGACAUUUCAAUGUAUGUCUGGAGUGUGAACAGUUAAACAGAUUGGACAUGGUGCUGGUCUAUAAUUGUGCAGGGGUGAUGACGGUGUUAAAUGGGUACAUCUCUAGGAAAAUCAAAGGCCUCUUGUUAACUUCAAUUUUUUCAGAUUAGUCAUUCCUAAAGGAUUAUUUCAACUUUUUAUGUCUUUUUUUGCAUGAUAUCACCUCCAUUAAAGAUUUUAUGAGAAUCACC